CUUUAUUUGAUUUUUUUUUCUAUUUCUUUUUCGUUCCGCUUGCCAUUGACCCCUCUCUCCUUUGCCCUCUCUCUCUCUCUCUCUCUCUAUCUCUCUCAUUCGCCUGACCUGUCCCCCUUCUCCCCCUUCUCCCCCUUUCCCCGUUCUGGAAUGGAGCGUUGGGCUGCCGACUCCCCACUUUUGUCAACGUCUUGUUCUACUACCGCAACUUGUCCCGUGCACUCAUCUUCAUCCCUGUCCUCUGCCUCUACCCCUACUUGCUCCCCCACAACAAACACCGCUUGUGUCACCACCACCACCAGCAGCAGCAGCAGUAGCAGCAGCAACACUAGCGACAGCAGCAAGACACCCUCGACACCGUCGACCAAUCCCAAACCGGCUGCUCCUGGUCCCGUUGUAGUAGCGGCAUUUCCCACACCGCCGCAGUCCACCCCGUCGCUGGACCACCUGUCGUCGUACAGCACCAGCACCAGCACUAGCAGCAGCGCAUACGCGUCCCAGCAGCUCCACCCCUGGACGGAGGAAACGCUCGCGCCAGCAGACAAGGACAAGGCGCUUUCCCUCGACAGUGUUUUUGGUCUUCUUCAGAGUCAUCAGCAGCAGCAGCAGCACGACUUGGAUAGUGACGCUUCAUUCUCGUCCUCCCUUGACCCCAACCAGCACGACGGCCCUCUGCUUCGCGACGCUCGCUUUUCCGCUGCCGGCCAACCUCAGUUGUUUAUCAACAGCCUUUUUCGCAGACACAACCCAUCCGUUGCCGUUUCCCGUCGCGCGCAGACCUUCUCGCACCCCGCCAGCGCCAACGCUUCGUCUUCCUCGCCUGGAGCAUCGCACUACCACCAGCAACAGCACCAGCACCAGUCUCAGCACCACCAGCAGCAGCAGAGGCAGCAGCAGCAGCAGUACCAAUUCGGGCGACGGCAUCACCACCAGCAUCGCACCUCCUUGUCCCUGCUCUCGUCUGCCUUCAAUCACCUGGCUGUCGUCGGUCAGCCCAAAGCAGCCUCGCUCCUCUACGCAUCACCACCCAGCACUUCCCAACAAGAGCUUGGUUUCGAGAGCAGUCCCGCUUUUGCACCAGCGAACAAGGAGCAACUUGAGUCGGCCGACACCAAACCAAACACUGGGACCCUAACCAGCAGCGUCGGCUCGACUUUUCCUUCUUCCACCGCUUCGUCCGCCGUUGCUUCUCCCUCUUCUUCUUCAUCUUCUUCUUCUGUGCGUUCGUCCCACCCAGUCUCGCACGCGUCGACAACACCGACCUCUGAACCGGCCGUAAACAGUGACAUUAGCAUCAAAAACAGCGGUUUGCCAAUUGACUCCUUCCCGACCCGCCUGACACCUGCAAGGCCAACAGCACCAGCACCAGCAUCAGCAACAACAAUGUCGCACGUAUCACCGGCACUCCAUGCCGUCCCAAUCCCAUCGACAGAGCAACCAACACGCUUGUCCGAGCAAGGCGCGGCAGCAGCUCACAGCAAUCAUCACGCGAUUGCCCACGCCGGCCAGCAGCAAGAGCUCACACAGCCACGCACGCACGCACAAUACGCCGCAGCUCAGGCGGCAGCAGUAGCGACAUCAACCACUGAUGCUGCUACUGCGACUACCGCCGCUACUGCACCCGCAUCGCACCAACAACAACAACAGGUUGGAGUGUCAGUUGCACGCGCGUCGGCUGCGGUCAAAACACCUGCCCCGAACGGCGGUGCGCACCACUCUGGCCAUCACAGCCAUGCUCGCGCACGAGUCAGCUACUGCAGCAGUGAAGACGAUGGGAAUAGCACGGGCCCAGGGAGCGGCGCGGCCAGCCCGGCUCCGACCGUUGGAUCGCCGCUGACCCCGUCGCUCCUGCCACAAUUAAAGUCCCUCACCGUCGACGAGCUCCUCAACCAGCUCCAUGCCACCCGCAUCAUGUCUCCCAUGGGCAGCAUCAACACGUCGCUUCCGUCGCGCUUUGCAGCGGCAGGCAACAAGCCACGCGCCUCGUCGCUGUCGUCCGGCUCGAGCUCGCCCAGCCAAAGCGGCAUGUCGUCCCCGCGCCGCCCCUCCGUCUCCACUGUUCUGGAAGAGGACAUCAUGUCGCCCCGAACCAUUUUCGAGGACGACUACGUGUUUGACAAGACCUUGGGCGAAGGAAGCUACGGAAAGGUCAAGCUCGCAGUACACAAGCUGACACAGGAGAAGGUGGCCAUCAAAAUCAUCGACAAGGCAUCCUUGACUGAGAACAGCGAUCGCGAGCGCAUCAUUCGUGAGAUCAUUGUGCUCAAGAACUUGAGGCACCCCAACAUUGCUCGCUUGUACGAAGUCAUUGACAAGGGCCCAGACAUUCACCUGGUCAUCCAAUACUGUAGCGGCGGUGAGCUUUUCGACUAUAUUGUGGCGCACCAGCGUGUCAAGGAGCGCGAGGCCGUGAAACUCUUCCGGCAGAUUGUUUCGGCGCUCGAGUACUGCCACAAGCGCAAUGUCAUCCAUCGCGAUCUUAAGACAGAAAACCUCCUGUUGGACGGCCACAAGAACAUUAAGAUUAUCGACUUUGGCUUUACCAACACGUUCAACUUUAACUCGUUGCUCGAGACGUAUUGCGGCAGUCCUGCGUACGCUGCACCAGAAAUGAUCUCUGCACAAAAGUACACUGGCCCGGAAGCCGACGUGUGGUCUUUGGGCGUGACGCUGUUUGCCAUCAUUUGCGGCUAUCUUCCAUUCGACGACGAUGACUCGAUGCGCAUGUAUGCGCUGAUUCGUGAAGGUGUCUACUACGUUCCCGACUAUGUUUCGCCGGAAGCACGCGACCUCAUUGCGAACUUGCUCAAGGUGCGCCCGCAAGACCGGCUGACCAUUCCUCAAAUCAAAAAGCACCACUGGACCCUGGGUGCCAAACUCAGCCAAGACCGAUCCUUCUUCCCCGACCCAUUCCACGAAGAGGUCCGCGACGAGUCGGACGCCGACACUGAGCUGGAUGACAUUAUCGUUGCUGCCAUGGGUCAGCUGGACUUUACUCGAGAGGAAAUUGAGGUUGCUGUGCGCUCGAGCCAUCUCAACCGUGUCGCCGCCACCUACCACCUGCUGAAGGACAGCCAAGGGUACAAGGAGAUUCAGGUCGCUCGCCGGAAUCGCCAACGCAAGUUCUCCAACGUUGCCAUCUCCACACAAGUGCAUGCUUCGUCCCACUCGACUUCUGCUUCUGCCGAAGAGCGAGCCAGCCAUGCACAUGGUGUUGGCACCACCACCGCCGCCGCCGCCCCCACAACUACGAGCAGCAGCUCACAGCAACCAGCUGCCGCUGUGUCGCCCCACCCGCCGACUCCCGCCGCCGCCGCUGUCACCGCUGCUGCAGCACCUGCAGCCGCUAGUGCUGCGUCUCCGCCUCGAAACUACGUUGUGGCAGCAGCACCACCAGUGGCCGCCAUGGACGUGCUCAGCCCGGCAGCCACCCCUGUCGUCUCGCAACCACAAGUGCCCCAGGUCCAGGCCCUGGUUGCUGGUGCAGGCAUUCCGCCUUCGAAGCGAAACAGCCUCACCAGCUCCACCUUCCCAGAGCCAAGCAACGCUGGCACGCCCACUCCUUCAGCGAGCGCUGCCGCCGCCGCGGCACCGGCUGCUCACAAGACUCGGCCUGCCAUGUCUCCCCCAGGGUCCCCUGCGUCGCAACCCAAGCGUCCGUCCCGUACUCGCGCGUACACGCUUGGCGACACGGCACGCGAGGAGGCGCUGGCGGCUGCCAAUGAGGAUGCGUCAAGCGCCCUUUCGCUCGCCCAGUCUCACGGGUUGGUUGCUCGCUCGGAUGUGGGCAUGGCAUCCCUGCCCAGCUCUGGCAACAACUCGGCGUCCACAUCCCCGCCUGGAUCGCUCACCACGCUGGCAGACUCGGACUCUGCGCUGCCGGCAAUCGCUGGCCGCCAGCCGCGUCGCCGCAGCUCGACCCUGUCGCCCAUCUUGUUGCGCAUCAAGGAUCGCUUUGUGCGCAUUGGCGUCCCAGGCGUGAGUGUGGGAUCGACCAGCAGCUCUGGCACUGCCACUCCGACCAACGGCUCGGGCACACCCAUGUCACCGCCCACAUCCACAUCGAACAGCUCCUUGCUGCCCCUGCUGUUUGCAAGGCACAAUGCCAACCAAGCGCUCGAGCGAACAACCUCCCUCGGCAACCCGCCGCCGGUCGCUUCGUCGUCAUCGGCAUCGGCGAUGGCGCUGGCAGGCACCGGCUCUGCCAGCAACAUUUUGUCAACGGGAACGGUUACCUCUCCAGUGAGCAAGACCGACCGAAAGCGCUUGUUCUCGUUCGAUGCUGCCGGCGCAGUCAUCAAGAAUGCCCUGCGUCGCAACCCCAAGUCGUCCACUGGCUUGCGCAUCAUGCGCGGUGCCUUCAACGCCGCCACUACGACCAGCAAGGAUCCCAUUCUCAUCAUGGAGGAGAUUCUUCGUGUUCUCGACGAAAACACUGUCGAGUACGAGCGUGUCAACAAGUGGGGGGUCGUGGUGCGCAUCCCAACCAGCCAUGCCCUGCACAAUGGCAAAGAGGGCGGCGAGAUUCGCUUUGUCAUGGAAAUUUGCCGCAUCAAGAACAUUGAGCUGAAUGGUAUUCAUUUGCUGCGUCUCCAAGGCGAUAUCUGGGCGUACAAGCGCAUCCUGGACAAGUUGCUGCCUCAAAUUCGCUUGUAAUCGAGCAGUUUGUCUUUGGUCUCUCUCUCUCUCUUUCUCUUUGUUUUUGGAAGUUCUCUUUGCUGCUUGAAUUGGUGCGCAGCGGGCUGUGGCUGAUUGGAAAGCACGAAACGACCAACAAGGAGGCGAACAUCUCAAAAAAAAAAAAAAUCAAAAAUCUGCUGUACUUUGUGACUGCCAUAUGGAGGAGCCGCUUUUGCUUUUCUCUUUUGCAUGUCCCUUCUUUUUCUAUCCUUCUCUUGAGCCGCGCAUUUUCGUGGUUGUAGUGAAGCCAACCCAAACACGUUUGUUUGAUUGCUUGUUGUUUCUGUUUCUUGGUGUUGUGCGUUUUGCAUCUUCGUUUCACUUUGUAUGCUGCCUUGUUGGACGUCUGUGAUUCCGAAAUUAAAGCCUUAAUAACUUA